AUGGCUUUGGUGAGAAGUCUAUUAGGUGCAAAGAAGAUUCUUGGAGCUGCAACAAGCAAAAGAGCAACCUCGGCGGCACCAAAAGGGUUUCUUGCGGUGUACGUAGGAGAAAGUCAGAAGAAGAGAUAUGUGGUGCCAAUCUCAUACUUGAGCCAACCUUCGUUUCAAGCUCUUCUCAGCAAAUGUGAAGAAGAGUUUGGAUUCGACCAUCCGAUGGGUGGCUUAACGAUCCCUUGUCCUGAAGAUACCUUCAUCGAUGUGACAUCUCAGCUCCAGUGA